GAAACAUCUGACCUGAAGGGUCCAAUACCACGACUUGAAGCCAUGCUGAAGGUCGAGGGAGAUCCAGAAGGUGAUCUGGUGGAAGAAGCCAACGAGUAUGCCAAGGAGAACUUCCGACUCAAGGACGAGGUGAACGAGAUGACUGCGAAGAUUGCACCUUUGCAGUCGGAUAUGAACCUCGAUAAGUACAAGUCGGAGCUACAGGCCGAAAAGAAAUCGAACCUCGUGGCAUUGAACGAGAAGGACAAGAAGAUCUGGCAGGCAAACAAGGACCAAAACGACAAAUGUGAAGCUGUCAGAGGCAUUCGGUUACGAGAUCUUACUAUCGCCAAGUGGAUGAUGCGUGCAACCAAGAGGUGGAAGAAGUGGCCGUGCUUUUGCGGAGAAGUGGGGGUCGAAGCGAAAGCAGUGCGCCCACCGGUACCGCCGGAGCUGCACCUGCUCAGCCAGACAGAGCGGCACCCGCUGGGAGUGCGACUCCAGGAACAUCAGCGCCUACAGUGGCCGACCUUCUUGCGAAUUGAGAGGAUCUGUACAGGAUGA